AUGUCAGAAAGUAAACAUAAAGUUCUUCAAUUACCAAGUAAAAGUGGUUCAGAACAAGUUAAUCGUAUUCAAGAAGAAUUUAAUUGUUUAACUGAUGAAAUUAGUAAAUUAAAAAAAGAAAAUGAAGAAUUAAAAAAAAAUAAUUCCAAAAAUUUGGAAAAUGAACUAAAAAAGAUUGAACAACAAGUAGAAAAAUGCUUAGACGCUUUACAUGCUAAAUAUAAUAAGAACGCGGCCUUAGACCAAAAAAUGAUCGAACUGUUUAAAUUAU